AUGGGCUCAUGUGCAACAGUGCUGCUACUGUUGCUACUGCCACGUCUACUUCCAGCUCAAAUUAGCCUUGUCUCACAAACUGGUGGCUCCUCCAGUUUUCCCACUUUCACUAGUAUUCCCACAGUCUCGAAUGAGGGCAGCCCGACACCUGACAACCCUCCAUCCAGCCUGCAAACCUCCAGUGUGGCUCCCAGCCCUGAGGAAGAAGAGGAGCAGAAGGAGGAGGACUGGGCAGCAGCAGUUGAGAGCUACCUGUUUACCAGCAACAUCUCCAUCCUGGCAUCGACCGCCUGCAGUCGGGCGUUCAGUUUACCUCCCCAGCGUGGGACUUUGCCCCGAGACUUGAUCCCCCUCCUUCGACCAGCCACAGCAGCGCUGACCAACACAGCCAACUUCCUCAACCUGAUUUUCCAGGCCAGUGAGUUGAGAGAGACCAGCGUGCGUGAGGACUUGGAGUGGUACCACGCGCUGGUCCGGGCUAUGCUCGAAGGAGACCGGCCGGACCUGGUGCGGCGUGCGCUGCUGACCUUUGACGCUGACCCCACGGCUUCUCAGCCUCAGCUUGUGCUGCGUGCUUCCAGGAGUUCCACCCAAGACAUCCUCCUACAGGACCUGACCUCCGCUUGGGAGACCUUACAUCCACCUCCACCUGCCCCCGACCAGAGCUGGUUCAGCGCUCUCAAAUUCAGCCCGGUGCAUCUCCCUGCCCUGUCUAAACGUGUCCUGCUGAAUGACCUCAGCACCCUAGAGACACCCAAGUGGGCACGUGGUGACAGCUUUGUGACCAAUAGCAGUGGAGUGCGAUGGGCAGAUUCACCUUUCUUGGAGUGCGAAGAAGGGCGUUUUCUGCCCGGCUGGCUGCUGACCCUGUCUGUGCCCUUUUAUGGCCUCAAGCCUGACCUCAGCCCUGAGUUCAGGGGUGUAAUCCGAGUGGAUGUGAAUAUCCAAGGCUUUGACGUUGACCAGUGUGCUACAGGGGAAUUCUGGUUUGCUGACACCCACCAGUGCAACCGUACCAGCAUGGUGUGUGAGCCAAUCCCCAGACAGGGCUUUCGACUGGGACAAUACUGCUGUCGCUGUAAAGAGGGAUUCUACAGCCCAACACCAGUCAAUAAUGGAAAAGGGCAAGCUGGUUCCAACGGCAGCCGAGCCUGUUACCCUGAGCUGCCUGUGUGCCUGCCGUGUUGGCCAGGCUGUGACCGCUGCGAUGACGGUUCCCCCUGUUGGGUGCAGGAGGACUGGUUCUUAAGAGCGGCGGUGCUAGCCAUUCAAGCUGUCUUCAUGAUCUUGGUGCUGGUCAGCAUGCUGAUGGCUUAUCAACACCGCAGGACUAAGAGAAUACGUGCAUCGGGUCUGCUAUUGCUUGAGAUGAUUCUUUUUGGCUCUCUGCUUCUCUACUUCCCGGUCUUCAUCCUGUAUUUCAAGCCCAGCACUUUCCGCUGCAUCCUGUUACGAUGGGUUCGACUGCUGGGUUUUGCUAUCGUGUACGGCACAGUGACUCUGAAGCUAUACCGGGUGCUAAAGGUUUUCCUGUCACGUACUGCCCAGAGAGUACCCUACAUGUCCAGCACUAGUUUGCUAAGGAUGUUGGGGGUGAUGGUGCUGACUGUUAGUUGGUUCUUGUGUGCGUGGACCUUUGGAGUUCUUCAGAACCGUGACCGUAAUGUUCCUGUUCUAAUCACUUCAACCACUUCAGAUGGACAAGGAUUCAACGUGUGUGACCUCGAUCGGUGGGACUAUAUGAUGGCUGUGGCGGAGCUGCUGUUCUUGUGCUGGGGUAGUUCUCUAUGCAACGCUGUAAAGACGGUACCCUCUGCUUUUCAUGAGCCACGAUACAUGGGCAUUGCCAUCCACAAUGAACUGCUACUAUCCUCCAUCUUCCAUCUCCUCAGAUUUGUCAGACCAUCUCUGCAUCCUGAUUGGAUGCUCUUGCUGUUCUUCACCCACACACAUGUUACAAUCACUGUAACCCUUGGCCUACUCUUUGUUCCCAAGUUCCUCCACACGUCACGUCCAGUUCAAGAGGUGAUAGCAAAAGAGGUGUACGAGGACGAGGUGGACCUGCGACGCUCAUGCUCUUACCUGAACAGUAGCUUCAACUCUGCCUGGAGUGAUCACAGUCUGGAUCCUGAUGACAUCAGGGAUGAGCUGAAGAAAUUAUAUUCUCAGUUGGAGGUCCACAAAACCAAGAGAAUGACAAACAGCAACCCUCAUCUGCCGAAGAAGCGAAGUUCUUGUCUUGGGUUGGGUCGAUCCAUCAUAAAACGAAUAACUGACUUCCCUGAGAGCCUGAGUCGCCAGUGCAGUCGUGAGGACAAAGAUGGUAUCCGCUCAAGGACCCAAUCUGGAUCCUAUAACAAAUCACUGGAAACUACUGCCUCUUUCAAUCUCAAGAAUGAAACAAUAAAACAGCCCUCUCCCAUUCUUCGCAAAUCCUGCAGUUCCCACGACUGUGCCCCACAGAGGCAUUCCUCACUGCUCAAUUCUUCAAAGAGGAGUACAGUUGAUAAGAGGGCUUCCCAAUACUCUGAUGCUGAGUCCAUUGACACAACACCUCUUGUCUGUAAGUCAGCCAGUGCUCACAACCUUACGGUCGACACAAACCUUCUACAGCCUGAACCUAGCAGGUUUCAAAAGUCGCUGAGUGUCAUAGAGAGUCACAGAGGACAGUAUUACUUGUCUCCUAGUAGGAGCAUGGAGGACACACCUUUUGCUGACAAAGCAAGAUCUGGGGUGACUGGGCCGCCAAAACAGGACAUCCCUAUAAAUGAGCAAAUAACAAAAGCCCUUCAAUCUGAGUCAUUUGACAAAGCUGAAGUGUGUCCUUGGGAGGUAGAGGAAGAGCAGACUGGAGGCAAAAACCAGAAACAUGUUACCUAUUCACUUUCACAGCAAGAGGACCCCAAGCAAGAGGACCCCAAACAAGAGGACACCAAACAAGAUGACCCCAAACAAAAAGCUUUAUUGUAUGUUUGCCCAUGGGAAUGUGUACCUCCUCCUGCUCCUGCCGCUGCAGAAGGUGGAGAUGGAACUGAUGGAGAUGUAGAUGCCUCAAGGCCACAGGCUCCUACCUCUGCUAGUGCUCCAGUCUCACCUUGUGCCGACUUUACAAUGCAGAGGGAUCUUAGAGUCUUCUCCUUCCGUUCUGCCACUCAACGUCUCCUCACAGCAAAGGCUCUGUCAGUAUCUGGAAGAAGCAGCAGCAAGGACAAAUCUAUCUAUCUAGUUAAUACUAAAGAAAAGAAAGAUGAACAACCCCAUGAAAAAGUAUUACUCUCUGCUUCAUCAGUGAAACUGACACCAAAUUUAGGAAAGAGGACACCACAGAACCAGAGAAGAAGCAUGACUACAGUGGGAACAAAACCUUGCCUUGUGAAGCAAGCAGCUAUUAGGCUAUCAUCUGUUGAGUCUUCGGAGAGAAGCCCUAAAAGAGAUGAUAGCAUUCAAGCUCAAGUCUGCCCCUGGGAAUCAGAGGAAGUUCAACUGGAAGCCAAGAAACAGAACCUCAGUGAGAAUGUAAUUUCAAGGCAAAAUAGCUCCACAAAAGAUAAGAGAGGAUUGUCUGUUACAAUUAGUACAGAUAGCACCAAAGCAUAUGGGUACCUCAGUAAGCCUUCUUUGUCUGUUGCCCAAGCGGAGGUGUGUCCGUGGGAUGUCGCAACUCCAAUGACUCCAAAGCAACAGAGGCAGCAAAGUGUUUUAGUUGAUGUAUGCCCCUGGGAAGUGGAGGGAGUAGAGCAAACUAAGAGUGCACACAAUGACAUUUGUCCAUGGGAGACAGAAAAACAAGACAGCGUAAAGGCUGAAGUGUGUCCAUGGGACAUGCCAGACUGUGGCACUUCUCAACUUAAACAAGAUUCCAAAACACCAACAGAGCAUAUAAAACCAUCUGAAAGAGUGAUUUAUGUGAACACAGGUAGAGGAGGGUCUGAAACAACUGAGAAAAGCCCAAAGCGACAAGAGACCAUUCAUGCUAACGUAUGCCCAUGGGAAGCUCAAGAAGCUCUAAAGCAACAGGAAAGUGGUCGCACUAAUGUAUGCCCAUGGGAAUCAGAAGAGACUUCAAGUGCUGUCGAUAAAGAAUCAAGCGAAAGUACUGAAAUAAUGAGAGCAACAACUGCACUUUUACGCAAAAUGUCUAAACAGAUUACAAUCACUGCAGAAGCAUGUCCAUGGGAUUUCCCUCAAUCUAUACCACCUGUGACAGAAAUCAGCUCUAAGGAAGCAGAAGAUACAAAGCCAUCUCAGAAAAAGGAUGCCACUGUAGGACUAUCUACUCAAGGGUCCAUAACCAAGAAAGCAAACAUUUGUCCAUGGGAAACAGAAGAGCCUGAAAAGGCAAAUAGCCAAGACAAAACACAAGACAGUGUUAGUCAUGGCAGCCCAGUCCGCUCAACCAAGAAACUAGAUAGUGUUUGCGUGGAUGUAUGUCCUUGGGAAACAGAGCUGCCAGAAAAGUUCAAAAGGCUACAAAGUGUCAAAGCAGAUAUUUGUCCAUGGGAAACAAAUGAGCCUGAAAAAGUAACCCAAAGACAAGAAAGCAUUAGAUCAGAUGUUUGUCCCUGGGAAACUGAACAACCAGACAAAUCAACAGAGAAACAACACAGCAGUCUUUCUGAUUUAUCUGAAACGGCUGAACAGAAAAAGUCAAAUCAGAAACAAGAUAGUGCUCGUGUGGACGUCUGUCCCUGGGAAAGUGAUGAGCCAAAAGGAGCAAUCCAGAAACAGGAAAGUGUCCGUGCUGAUGUUUGUCCGUGGGAAACUGAGCAGCCAGAAAAAUCACCUCAUAAACAAGAAAGCACACGGGCAGGUGUUUGUCCAUGGGAAACUGAUGAGGCAAAUGUAUCAAAAGGGCAGGACAGUGCUCGUGCAGAUGUUUGUCCAUGGGAAUCUGAACAGCCAAAAAAAUCAGUUCAUGAACAAGGAAGUGUCAAAUCAAACAUUUGUCCUGGAGAAGGAGGUGAGCAAAAAACAACUGAGAAACAAGACAGCUCACAUGCAGAGUCCGAGGGGCCAAGUAUGUCAAAAAGACAAGACAGUGUAAGAACAAACGUUUGCCCUUGGGAAACUGACACUGAAACAGCAACAAAAACAGAAGACAGUCACUGUACCGAAAUCAGUGAGAUGGAGAGAACAACAAAUACAGAAGAAAUGGAGAAACCUUCUGACAGCAGUGAACAUACGGUAGAGGCUGAAAAAGCAAACCUGCCCCUCGCACGACGUGAUGCACUGUGUCCUUGGGACAUGGAAGGGAACAGAUCAAUGUCACUAACAGAGCAGGAUGGCACAGACGUAUUCACAUGGGAGGAAACCAUACCUGAGGAGGAAGAUGAUGCUGAGACUGCAGCAGAGGCCUUUAUCUUCCCACCUGACAUUUAG